UACUGACGUACAUUGAGUACAUGCUUGAAUACUCACCGAACAACAAAUCAUGAUUAAAUCUGUUCUUACAAUACGUGGGCAAAGUUUGCCGGCAGUGAUUUCUACACCUGUACAACAGCACCUACGUUUAGUGUCUCAGCUGGUUACGAGUGCCGGAGGCUGCUCGAGCGAAUCCAUUGCCCAUUUUGAACGCCAUCGAUUGAAGUGUUGUUUGCCGUCGUCAGUCACGUCACCAAAGCCAACACGACCAGCAGCAGCGCAGUGGAAGAUAUCAGCUCGAGAAAAAAGUACCGUCUCAUCGACCGUCUCCAACAACGCCGCGUGGCGACAGUCACCACAUUGCACCGCUGCCACCGCUAUUUCUGUCCGCAGCGGCAUUAACGCCUUCGACACCGUAGUGUCUGUGAAACUCUGCCGCCGCCUGCGAACCGCUGCUCUCCAUCCGUGGUCGUUCGGUGCUCGCGAUAAGGAAGUAACUGUACUGCAUCUGUGGAACGAUUGUCUACUGCAGCAACGGCGCACCAUCACCACAAACAACAACCCCGGCAGUGACGUGUCCGAAACAAGUGAAUCCAAUAUGUCGACCACCACGGGCAAACCCGAGUUCCAGCGCUUGCCGAACAACGUGCUCCCGGUGCACUACGAGCUGUCCCUGAAGCCCGACCUGACGGCCCUCACGUUCGAGGGCACCACCACCGUACAGCUGAAGGUCAACGCUCCGACGGAUCGCAUCACGCUGAAUGCGCUAGACCUAAAGAUCCUGAAGGCGACGGUAACGUUCGGCGAAACGACACUCGACUCGCAGGACAUACAGUUCGAUGCGGGCCAAGAGACGGCCUGCCUGGUGUUCGGCACUGAACUGCCCGUUGGGGAAGCUUCGCUGGCCGUUGAGUUCACGGGCGAGUUGAAUGACAAGAUGAAGGGCUUCUACCGGAGCAAAUACUUCACGGCCAGCGGCGAGGAGCGGUACGCCGGUGUGACGCAGUUCGAAGCGACAGAUGCGCGUCGUUGCUUCCCCUGCUGGGACGAGCCCGCCCUAAAGGCCACCUUCGACAUAACGCUCACGGUACCGAAGGACCGGGUGGCCCUGUCAAACAUGCCGGUUCGCGAGGAAACGGUCGGCGGUGACGGACUGCGGGUACUGUGCUUCGACCGCACGCCCAUCAUGUCCACGUACCUGGUGGCGGUGGUGGUGGGCGAGUAUGACUACGUCGAGGACAAGUCCGCGGACGGGGUGCUGGUGCGCGUGUACACACCGGUCGGCAAGAAGGAGCAGGGUCGCUUUGCGCUGGACGUCGCUACGAAGGUGCUGCCGUACUACAAGGAUUACUUCAACAUCGCGUACCCGUUGCCGAAGAUGGACCUGAUCGCGAUCUCCGACUUUUCGGCGGGCGCGAUGGAGAACUGGGGCCUUAUCACGUACCGCGAGACGUUUGUGCUGGUCGAUCCGGAGAACACGUCGCUCAUUCGCAAGCAGUCGAUCGCGCUGACCGUCGGGCACGAGAUUGCGCACCAGUGGUUCGGCAACCUCGUCACGAUGGAGUGGUGGACGCACCUGUGGCUGAACGAGGGUUACGCCUCGUUCGUGGAGUUCCUGUGCGUGGAUCACCUGUUCCCGGGGUACGAUAUCUGGACGCAGUUCGUCACCGACAUGUACACACACGCGCUCGAGCUCGACUGCCUGCGCAACUCGCACCCGAUCGAGGUACCGGUCGGGCACCCGUCCGAGAUUGACGAGAUCUUCGACGAGAUCAGCUACAAUAAGGGCGCCAGUGUGAUCCGGAUGCUGCAUCACUACAUCGGCGAUGAGGACUUCAAGCGUGGCAUGCACGUGUACCUUACGCGCCAUCAGUACCGCAACACGAGCACCGAGGACCUGUGGCAGGCGCUGCAGGAAGCGAGCAGCAAACCGGUCGGCGCCGUUAUGUCCACCUGGAUCAAGCAGAUGGGCUUCCCGGUGGUGCGCGUCCUCUCGUCCACCGAUCUGCCCGGCAACAAGCGGCUGCUGAAGAUCGCACAGGAAAAGUUCUGCGCCGACGGAUGCCAACCGAGCGAACCGUGCCGCUGGAUGAUCCCGGUCAACGUGUCCACGCCGAAGUCGGCCAACGCUGUCUCGACCGUGCUCGAGGCGGACACGGCUGACAUCACCGUCGAGGGUGUCGGGCCAGACGAUUGGGUCAAGAUCAACCCCGGAACGAUCGGCUACUAUCGUACGCAGUAUCCGGCCGACAUGCUCGAUCAGUUCCUGCCCGCCAUCAAAGACCAGUCGCUGCCACCGCUCGACCGACUCGGCCUGAUCGAUGAUCUCUUUGCUCUGGUGCAAGCUGGCAAGAGUUCCACCGUUGAUGCCCUCAAAGUGAUCGAAGCGUACCGGAACGAGAGCAACUAUACCGUUUGGGCGUCGAUAACAAACUGUCUGGCGAAACUGCAGCUCCUACUAGCGCACACACCUGUCGCGGAGGAGUUCAAUGCGUACGGAGUUCGGCUGUAUCGUCCGGUCGCCGAAAAGCUCGGUUGGGACGUGAAGCCGGACGAGAGCCAUCUGGAUACGCUGCUUCGCUCACUCGUCCUGGGCCGCCUGGUUUCUUUCCGUUGUCCAAAGACGGUGGCCGAAGCGAAGCGAAGAUUCGCAGAGCAUGCGCAAAACAAGAGCGUUCUGCCGGCGGAUCUGCGCAGCACGUGCUAUAAGGCGGUCCUACAGAACGGCGACCUCGAGACGUACAACGAAAUGCUGCGGCUGUACCGUGCCACGGAUCUGCACGAGGAAAAGGAUCGCAUUUCGCGCGCCCUCGGCUCGAUCGGUAACGUGGACAUCCUGCGCAAGGUGAUCGAGUUCGCGAUGUCGGAGGAGGUGCGCGCCCAGGACUCGGUGUUCGUAAUCGUAUCGGUGGCGAUGAACCCGAAGGGACGCGACAUGACCUGGGAGUACUUCCGCGAGCGCUGGCAGGUGCUGCUGAACCAGUACGAGGGUGGGUUCCUGCUCGCGCGCCUCAUCAAGUACCUGACGGAGAACUUUUCCACCGAGGAGCGGGCACUCGAGGUGGAGCAGUUCUUCCGCGAGCACGAGUUCCCCGGAACCGAGCGGACCGUGUCGCAGUCGAUCGAGACGAUCCGGCUGAAUGCGGACUGGUUGCGGCGUGAUCUAGACGCCAUCCAGGCCUACCUAAAGCAGCAGCAGCAACAGCAGCAAGAAUAGAGCGUUGGAAGCGAGAACACCCGCCUCUUUCGAUAACCUAACGAUAUCAGCAGAUCUGCAGUGUGCCAUCGUUCGCACCGGCCAACAACUUCCCAGCCGGGAUAGUCCUCCGGUACGAACGGGAACAGACAAACACCAAAUGAAGGAACAUUAAUUGCCUCAACCAACACCCACCACUCGGACGUUGGGCCGGACCGGUCACCGGCAGAAACAGAGAGCUUGUGUGCGCCGCUAGGCCCUUCGACGCACCCUUGAACUUCAUCAUUUAACGGGGCCAGAUGGAAGCAGGACGCUAGCCGUAGAACAACAUCAAACACUGUGUACGUGUGUGUGUGUAUGUAACUUUACUGUACUUUUUCUGUUUUGUUAUUUUUUCUGUUAUGUCUUGUUUACGUGUUGCUGCCAUCGGUCGUACGCAGACGUUGCGGAAGCGAACCGUCUUUAUACGUUCGUUUGUUAAUUUGUAGGUUAUCAUUAUCUAGUGCAUUUUCGUUCACCGUUCUCACUCCCGUUUCAAUCACAUCGCGAGGGGAACACGUGGGGUUGGAAUGUGUGCGUGUUAAACCUUUUUCUUACCCCAUCGCCCACAUUUGUUUGUUGCAUUUAAGCCAAAGUUUCAUGGGAAAAAAUUGACUUGUCUAGCCCAGAGAAAGGACAAGGUAACGACAGGAUGAUAGUACCGUAGACGUGUAUCGAUUUGCGAAACCGCAAUAUCUGUUGCGUGCAUUAAACUCUUAACCGUUUCACUCCUCAAUGAGCAAAAAGAGGUUCACCAGGGAGAAUGUAAGAAGCGUAUUAUGAACGUAUUAUAGAAAGUUCUCUAACUUUACGAUAAACCUGUUUCGGUAGGCCCCCGAAAAAGAAUUAGUUUUGACACCUAAAUAUCACGAAUCAUGGACGAUUAUUUGCAAACGUUAUUAUUUGCACCGAUUGCGCCAAACGGCGCACUUUGGCCAAUGCCACUGUUCUUAUAGUUUAAUGUUGUAUUUUAAUAAUAACAAGCAAUAAAACUACGGUACGUCACUAGCAGCAA